AUAUAUUUUAAUAUAUAUAUAUAUUAAAAGGCCAUUAUUUUCUCCCUCCCUCUAUCUCUUUUCUCUUCUGUUCUUCCCAAAUGCUCACUUAGCCGCACGGAUUUGCUCACCCUUUGAAGGAGAAAGAGAAGAAGAGCUCCAUCAACGAACAACCCGUUCUACGCAAGCCUACAAGAAAAUGAGGGGAGGAGCUUUGUGGCAACUUGGGCAAUCAAUCACUCGCCGACUUUCUCAAGCUGAUAAGAAGGUCAUAGGUCGGCGAUGCUUUGCCACAGAAGCUGAACUUAAGAAGACAGUUUUAUAUGAUUUCCAUGUCUCAAAUGGUGGCAAGAUGGUUCCAUUUGCUGGUUGGAGUAUGCCGAUUCAAUACAAGGACUCAAUCAUGGAUUCCACUGUGAACUGUAGAGAAAAUGGUGGGCUUUUUGAUGUCUCUCACAUGUGUGGGCUGAGCCUCAAGGGGAAGGACUGUAUCCCAUUUCUUGAGAAACUUGUUAUUGCUGAUGUUGCCGGGCUUGCCCCUGGAACAGGGACUCUUACUGUCUUCACAAAUGAGAAGGGAGGGGCAAUUGAUGAUUCGGUUAUCACAAAGGUCAAGGAUGACUACAUAUACCUGGUUGUGAAUGCGGGGUGCAGAGAUAAGGAUCUUGCACACAUUGAGGCACAUAUGAAGGCAUUCAAGGCCAAAGGUGGAGAUGUCACUUGGCACAUUCAUGAUGAGAGAUCUCUGCUAGCUCUCCAGGGUCCUCUUGCAGCGCCUGCUCUUCAACACCUGACAAAGGACAAUUUGAGCAAGGUAUACUUUGGAGAGUUUCGGAUGUUGGAUAUUAAUGGGGUGCAUUGCUUUCUUACCAGGACAGGGUACACCGGUGAAGAUGGAUUUGAAAUCUCAGUUCCUUCAGAGCAUGCAGUGGAACUUGCCAAAGCAAUCUUAGAGAAAUCUGAAGGGAAGAUAAGAUUGACCGGGCUGGGUGCUAGAGACAGUCUUCGGCUCGAGGCCGGUCUGUGUUUGUAUGGCAAUGACAUGGAACAGCACACAACACCGGUAGAGGCCGGACUCACAUGGGCCAUCGGGAAGAGGAGGAGGGCAGAAGGCGGCUUUCUUGGAGCCGAGGUAAUCCUCAAACAACUUGAAGAGGGUCCGUCGAUCAGGCGCGUUGGCUUUUUCUCUGCAGGUCCACCUGCUAGAAGCCACAGUGAGAUUCAGGACGAGAAGGGGAGUAGCAUCGGGGAAGUCACCAGCGGAGGAUUUAGCCCCUGCCUCAAGAAGAACAUAGCAAUGGGAUACGUCAAAUCUGGUUCCCACAAACCCGGAACCAAGGUUAAGAUCCUGGUUCGAGGAAAGCCCUACGAUGGAAACGUCACGAAAAUGCCUUUCGUACCAACAAAAUACUACAAGCCAUCUUAAUAAUCUCUGUGCGGGCUGAGCUUUGCAUGUUGGUUCCUCAGUUUGACUUUGUUUCCAUGAGCUUAAUACUUCUAGAAAUACUAAAUCUUCUUUUGAUUGUCAUACAAUGGUCAUUUGGUUUAAUAAUCUUCUUUUGAUUGUUAUGCAA